CCUGCGCACUCCGCGGGCGCCCGGGCGGCGGGAUGCUGCAGCGGCCGCUCCGCUCUCUGAGCCCGGUGGCGGCGGCGGCGGCCGCGGUGUCGGUGUCAGGCUCCGAUCCCUUCGCUCCUCGCCCUCUAUCGCCACCAUGGGCUGGCAAGCGGAACGCGACAAGGUGGUCAUCAACGUCGGCGGCGUGCGGCACGAGACGUACCGCAGCACCCUGCAGACGCUGCCCGGGACCCGCCUCGCCGGUUUGGCCGAGCCCGGCGCCGCCGCCCGCUUCGAUUACGACCCUUCGGCGGGAGAGUUCUUCUUCGACCGGCACCCGGCCGUGUUCGCCUACGUGCUCAACUACUACCGCACCGGGAAGCUGCACUGCCCCGCCGACGUGUGCGGGCCCCUCUUCGAGGAGGAACUGGCCUUUUGGGGCAUCGACGAGACGGACGUGGAGGCGUGCUGCUGGAUGAACUACCGCCAGCACCGCGACGCCGAGGAGGCGCUCGACAGCUUCGAGACCCCCGAGGAGCCCGGGCCCCCGGAGCCGGCCGAGCCCAAGAGGCUGUGCCUGGAGGAGGGGCGGCCCGCGGGGUGGUGGCGCCGCUGGAGGCCGAAGCUCUGGGCCUUGUUCGAGGAUCCCUACUCCUCGAAGAUGGCGAGGUACGUCGCCUUCGCCUCCCUCUUCUUCAUCCUCAUCUCCAUCACCACGUUCUGCCUGGAGACCCACGAGGCCUUCAACCGCAUCAUCAACAAGACCGAGACCGUGCCCAUGGCCAACGGCACCCAAUGGACGCAGGUGGCGCUGGAGGUGGAGACCGAGCCCUUCCUCACGUACGUGGAGGGCACGUGCGUGGUGUGGUUCACCUUCGAGUUCCUCAUGAGGGUCAGUUUCUGCCCGGAUAAACGGGAUUUCGUCAAGAGCAGCUUGAACAUCAUCGAUUUCGUGGCCAUUUUACCCUUUUACCUCGAGGUCGGGCUUCGGGGUCUCUCAUCCAAAGCAGCCAAAGACGUUUUGGGGUUCCUGCGCGUCGUUCGCUUCGUGAGGAUCCUGCGGAUCUUCAAGCUGACGCGACACUUCGUGGGGCUGCGGGUGCUGGGCCACACGUUACGCGCCAGCACCAACGAGUUCCUGCUGCUCAUCAUCUUCCUGGCUUUGGGCGUCCUCAUCUUCGCCACCAUGAUCUACUACGCCGAGCGCAUCGGCGCCGACCCCGACGACGUUACCGGCAGCCGCCACACCUACUUCAAGAACAUCCCCAUCGGGUUCUGGUGGGCCGUGGUCACCAUGACCACGCUGGGCUACGGGGACAUGUACCCCAUGACGUGGUCGGGGAUGCUGGUGGGCGCCCUGUGCGCCUUGGCCGGGGUGCUCACCAUCGCCAUGCCCGUGCCCGUCAUCGUCAACAACUUCGGCAUGUACUACUCCUUGGCCAUGGCCAAGCAGAAGCUGCCCAAGAAGAAGAACAAACACAUUCCCAGGCCCCCCCAACCGGGAUCGCCGGGAUACGGAGCUCCCGGCGCGCCCCACAGCUCCCCCGGCAGCCCCCCCCGGCCCCACCGCAGGGGUCCCCCCUGCCCCCUGGCGCAGGAGGAGGUGGUGGACAUCAACCGUGCCGAGGCACGUCCCAACGGGGCGGCGGCACUGGCGCAGGAGGAUUGUCCCCCCAUUGACCAGCCCCUGUCCCCCGAGGACCGAGGGGGGGGGACGGGGCCAACGGGACCCCCCCAAACAGCAGCAACCGGAGGGGGGGGCCGGGAGCGCUGCGGCCGGGACAGAGCCUGUUUCCUGCUGGGCCCCGACUACGCGCCCCCCCCCCGGGGACUCUGCAGGAAGCGCUCGUCACCGCCCGAGCCCUCACCGGGAGUCGCAGGCUAUGAGAAGUCACGGAGCCUCAACAGCAUCACGGGGGUGCGCGUGGCUCCGGCCGCCCCCCCCUUCGGCUCCCCCGGUCCCCCCCGGCGCCCCCGCUCCCCCAUCCCCUCCAUCCCAACCGGGGGGGGGUGGGCCCCCCCCCCCCCCUCCCCCCUUUCCCUGCCCCCCACCCCCCCCCCCAGUGGGGGGCAACUCAUCAGUGGCAAUUCAGGGGGGGGGCUCAAAAUGGCGUUUGGGGGACCCCCCCCCGAAGUGACUGGAACUGGGGUGGGGGUAGGGGGCCCCCCCCCAAUGACUGUGAAUGGGGGUGAGGGGGUGCCCCCCCCCACGUCACCCCAUUGGCUGCACUGCACUUUGUGUCCCCCCCCCUUUGUGUGUCCCCCCCAAUACGGGAGCCUCCGACCCCCACCCAUGGGGGGGUGUGGGGUGUGUCCCCCCCCCCAUGAUCUCUCAGGACUUGGGGAGCCCCCUCCCCCCCCCAACUGUGUCAUUCAUGGCCCCUCGCCCCCAUUUGUCACCCUCGUGUGUGUGUCCCCUCCCCCCCUCGGGGCUCCCCCCCCCAGAGCAAUAACUGGAGCCCUCCACCCCCCCCGAGAUUGGGGGUCCCGGCCCCACUGCGAGGCCAGGCUGCGUUGCCAUGGCGAUGGGGCUAGGCCCGACCCCUGCUGCGAGGCCAGGCUGUGUUUCCAUAGCAACAGGGCUAGGCCCGACCCCUUCUCCGAGGCCAGGCUCUGUUUCCAUGGUGAUGAGAGUAGGCCUGACCCUUACUGCGAGGCCAGGCUUGGUUUCCAUAGCAACUGGACUAGGCCAGGCUUCGUUUCCAUGGUGACAGGAGUAGGCCUGACCCUUACUGCGAGGCCAGGCUUGGUUUCCAUAGCAACUGGAAUAGGCCAGGCUCUGUUUCCACGGUGAUGUGCCCAGGCCAGGCUCCGUUUCCAUAGCAACAGGGCUAGGCCCGACCCCUACUCCGAGGCCAGGCUCCGUUUCCAUGGUGAUGAGAGUAGGCCUGGCCCUUACUGCGAGGCCAGGCUGCGUUUCCAUAGCAACAGCACCAGGCCGCAGCCCCCAUCUCAGGCCCCAUUGGUGGGGGGGGGGCCGGAACCACCCCUCCCCCCCAGCCCCUCCCCCCGCGGUGGGGGGGUCCGGGUGGGGGAGGGGCCCCCCCGCAUGUCUGCAUGUCCCCCCCCGCCGCAGGUAUCGUUAUAUGCAAAAAAACCCCCUAAAACCCCCGGAAUUCACCCCAAAACCCUCCCCCGGGCCCCUCCCCCCCAGUGGCGGCGGGAGCUUUAUGCAAUUACUCCUAUGCAAAUGAGAUGCUAAUGAGGACUAAUCGCUCCCCGACCGCCCUCCCCCCCCUUAAUCGCUGCAUGUUUGGGGGGGGCCCCCCCUUUGCCUCGUGCUUUUGGGGUGGGGGGGUCUCCAGCCCCUUCCCCCCCCCCGGGCUGCGCUGGAACAAGCUCCUCCCCCCCCUUAUUACUAUUUAUUAACCUCAUUAAUAAUUAAUUACCCCUCCCCCCCGGGGUUGGUGCAAUCCCCGCCCCUCCCCCCCCCCUUCUCUCUUGGGGUUGUUUUGGGGGGGGGCGCCCCCAUUGGGGGGGUUUGACUCAGGAAGGGGGGGAGGGGCGGGGGGGGGAGGGGCUCAGAGCUAUUUUUUCACGCGGGAUCUUGGAGCUGCGACAAUAAAAGUGACCAAAAAGAGUGAAAA